AUGCCUUUUGUUGAUUUGCCUCUCGAGAUUCUCCCUGAAAUCUUGGCGUUCGUUGUGAAACCACAGCAUCUUUGGUCCGCAUGUCUGGUAAAUAGCAAUUUCAAGGCAUUUGCCACCCUGAGGUUGUACGAGAAAAUAUCCAUUUACUCCUGGCACAAAGAGGGCAAAGUCAAAGUCAUCCAUCUUUUCGAUACACUGGCUCGAUCCGAGUAUCUUGCGAGCCUUCUGCAGAGAUUAGAACUCCGCGACUUUCCUAAAUCUACAUCAAUUUUGGACGACGAGGUCCUCAGACAUGUUCUUCAGGCCUUGAGCAACUGCAAAAACCUCAAAUCAUGCACAUGGACGCGUGAUGGGUCCUUGAACUCUGAAAUUCUGAGUGCGCUGAGCAAUUGCGAAAGCCUACAGGAAUUCGAAUUCAACGGACACAGUGAUGGGCACUACGAUCCUCGUUUGCUGUUGGGAUUCGCAAAGCUCACUAAAAUAUCCAUGAUUAUGCCAAGUGCCUCUGUUAUCGCUCAGCUUCCUUCCUGGACAAAUAUCACUGGUAACUCUUUGCGUAACCUUACCUUGAUAUGCAAAUCAUCUCUCAUUAUCACAGACCGCCUCUUGGAGACUCUCGCACCUUCCCUAGUUAAUUUGGAACAUCUUCAUUUGACAGGAUGCCCAAAGGUCACAGAACAGGGAUUGUGGGCUCUGGUGUCUUCCAACAUUCACGGUCUCCUCGGAUUGGGAAUCGAGGGCGUUUCCCCAAAAUUUAAUAUGUUCAAUUUUGCGAAUAAAUGCGUAUCGCACGGAUCUCUAAAUCACCUUCGCUCAGUGACGCUCACUGUCCACCACCAGCUUCCCAUGAAAGAGUGGAUCUCUGCUGCUGUCCAUCUCGUCAGUGCAUCCCCCCUAGAACUGUUCCAGAUAUACUCCACCGGGGCCUUUUUCGAGUCCCCAAUGACGGAUGACCUGUGGAAUCAAUUAAUCAGUACACAUGGUCGACGAUUGAUCAGAUUUUCGGUGCACCGGAUGCUCAUUAGCCUGGAAGCGAUCCGCAGCAUAUGUCGCUUUUGCGUCAACUUGGAACAACUUUUCAUCGUUGUGGAGCCGAAACUAUUAGACCGUUUAUCGGAAUGUCUCAGCCACGCAAAAAAAUUACAAACGAUACACAUCAACUACCCUAUGGAAGCGUCUCCAGACGCACAUCCAGUUUUAUUGCCCGAACACGCUUUAUCCAUUGUGAACAGUUGCAGCUCAACUAUUACUCAAUUUGGCUGUAAUGCCAAGGUAUGGCAGGUCGGGAGACGUAUCAUUACAGACGAUGCUGGCGACCUCCAGGCCCUUCGGACUUUGGUACCGUAUGGCAACCCAGGAAUCCCAGAGCAGUUCUUGGUAGUACGAACUUAG